AUGCCUCCUAAGCCGAAAGCUCAGGGAACUAGUAAAAAAGCCGAUGCUAAGAAAAAAGAAAGAGUUAUUGAAGAUAAAACUUUUGGCCUAAAAAAUAAAAAAGGAGCCAAACAACAAAGAUUUAUUCAACAAGUUGAGAAACAAGUUAAAUCUGGAGGAUUAGUGCGUAAAGUAGAUGACAAGAAAAAAGAUGAUAAGACUAAAGAUGAACUGGGGUUGAUAUUCAAACCAGUUCAAAAAGUUGAAAAAGGUGCCGAUCCAAAAUCUGUACUAUGUGCAUUUUUCAAACAAGGUCAAUGUGCUAAAGGGUCAAAAUGUAAAUUUUCUCAUGAUUUGGCUACUGAAAAGAAAGCUGAAAAAAGAAGUAUGUAUGUGGAUCUGCGAGAUGGUGAAGAAAAUGAUACUAUGGAAAAUUGGGAUGAAGACAAACUUAAAGAAGUAGUAGACAAAAAACAUGGAGAAACCAAUAAAAAACAUCCAUCUACUGAUAUUAUUUGCAUGUUUUUUUUGGAAGCUGUUGAAAAAAGUAAAUACGGAUGGUUCUGGUCAUGUCCAAAUGGUACCUCUUGUAUUUAUAGACAUGCGUUGCCUCCAGGAUUUGUUCUUAAAAAGGACAAGAAAAAAGAUGACAAAAAAGAUGAAAUUCAAUUAGAAGAUUUAAUAGAAAGAGAAAGAGCUGCAUUGAAUUCUGUUAAAUUUACUAGAGUCACUUUAGAAAGCUUUUUAGCUUGGAAAAAACGUAAAGUUAGAGAAAAGAAAGAUGCGAUAAUUAAAGAUGAAGAAAAGAAACGAACAGACUAUAAAGCUGGAAGACAAAUUGGGCUUUCUGGUCGUGAAAUGUUCUCGUUCAAUCCUGAGAUGGCAAUUGGUGAUUCAAUGGAUGACGGAGAAGAAGCAUUUGAUGCUUAUAUACGUGAUGAAGAUGAAGAUGCAGAUGGAAAUGUAAAAGUUAGAGAAAUUCAAUUAGAAACAUUAGAAUUGGAAGCAAGUGAAGUAGAUGAUACUGGUACCCGGUUACCCCAGGAUCGAUUUAAUGAUUCUGAUGUUGCUACGAUCCCAAUCAAUGAAAACCUUUUUGUGGAUGAAGAUCUGGAUGAUCUGGAUGAUGACUUAGAUGAAUUAAAUAUAGAUGAUGAUGAUGAUUCUACAAAUUAG